AGCUGUCAUCCCAAAAGAUCCUGAUGACCGAGCCAGCUGGGUAGAAUGUUAGCGUGUCUCUCCCCUGCUUCAACUUUAAAUAUCUUCCACGCAGUUCACAGCAUUUAAAUUUAGACAACACAUGAGGCAAAGUAUCUCAGGCUGGAGUUAAAGUCAGACGCUUCCCACUUUGCUCUGUGCUCGACCCUAGACAGAAUACAAAUUACCUGUCGUCUCAACAUCAGCUACGGAGAGAAACAAUACACUUAAGGUAUGUCUGACAACAGAGACAGGGAGGAUCUCAGCGAGGAAGAGAUUGAUGAAGAUGCGAUCCUGGCAAUGCUCUCACCUGAGGAGCUCAAUGAGCUCCAGAGUGAAAUGGACGUUAUCAUUGCCCCAGAUGAAAACGUACCUGUGGGACAGAGACAGAGGGACCAGACGGAGAAAACUCCAACAGGAACGUUCGAUCACAGGUCUCUAGUUGAUUACCUCUACUGGGAGAAAGAGUCCAAACGUAUGCUUGAAGAAGAAAGAGUGCCUGCUACCCUAUUGCCUAGUGAGAAGAUCUUACAGGAGGAAGCUGGAAAAAAAGAAAAGGAAAAUUCAGAUGUUAAAUAUGAAGUGUAUGAAGUGAUUGAAGAAAUCAUUGAGGAAGACGGUGCUGACUAUCCAGAUGGCGUUGAAAUCAUUGAGGAGAUAAUUGAGGAAAUAAUUGAAGAAGAUGAAGGGGAGACUGAAAGGGACAAAGUGGUUGAUGUUGAAAAUGAAACCUCUGAGGAAGUGGUAUUGAAACUCAAACCUGAGAACACAGAUAAAAAAGUAGAGCCCCCUGAUAACAUAGAAAAAACGGCUGGAAAUACCAUGGUGGAAAGCCAGUCUGCUCCAGACUCCAAAGUAACCUCAGAAAACCAUCAGGAUAAAGAGGAACAUGCAAAUGAAGAUUGCUUGGUUCCCAGAGAGACUGCAGAAGUACCAGACACAAGUGAAGCCAAUUAUAACUUCCCCAAAAAAGAACCAAUAAAAGUGAACAAGCUAAAAAUCCCAAAGUUGGCUCUUAAUAAUAUCAAAAUGACAUCAAGACCUUCAGGAAAUGAGACAAACUUGGAGUCCACUCUUGACAAAAUCCGUAACAACAAUCCGUCUGUGACUGAGGUCAACCUCAACAACAUAGAAAACAUUCCUAAGGAGAUGCUCGUGGACUACGUGAAUGCCCUGAAAAAGAACAAGCACGUCAAAACAUUCAGCAUUGCGAACACGGGCGCGGAUGAAAAUAUUGCGUUCAGCCUGGCUAAUAUGUUAAGAGAAAAUCGCAGCAUUACGACUUUGAAUAUCGAGUCCAACUUUAUUACUGGGAAGGGCAUCGUCGCCAUUAUCCGCUGCCUCCAGUUCAACGAGACUCUCACGGAGCUUCGCUUUCACAACCAGAGGCACAUGUUGGGUCACCAUGCGGAGAUGGAGAUCUCUCGUCUGCUCAAGGCAAACAACACCCUCCUGAAGAUAGGCUACCACUUUGAGCAGGCGGGGCCCAGGAUGGUGGUGACCAACAUCUUAACCAGGAAUCUCGACCGUCAGAGGCAGCUGAGGAAGGAGGAUCAGAGGCAGCAGCAGGUCAAAGAGCAGAGAGAAAUGAUGCAAAUGUAUGAAAACAGUCUAAAUCUUCCUCCUGGUCUACUCGAGAUGUUGGGAUACAUACCCCCACUCGAGCUCUUACAGCAGCAUGGACUUGUCCCGCCCAUGCCAGAGCAGAACAACAUAGCUCAAACACAGUGUCAGAGCGAGCAGCCAGAGCCAAAGAAGAAUCUAAAACGCAACAGCAUUCCCAAACAGCCCAGUGCAGAACCAUCAAGCCCAUUAAAAGACAUUCAGUUGAAGAGAACCCCCAAGAAACGUGAUCCCUUCUUGGACCUGGACCCGAGGGAAGACAGGAGAUCGGAGAAACCGAGUUUCCAACUGAGAAAGACUCCCAAAGUAAAAGAUAAAGCAGCUAGACAGUCGGUGGAGGAAAAGGCCAACCUGAACGAUGUGAUAAAGACCUUGAAACCCAUCCCUCGCAGACGAGUACCUCCAAAGGUUGAUCUCACGCCUCGUGAUCAGCUCCUGGAUGAGAUCAAAAAGAGCAACGUGGCAUAUCUCAAAUCCGUGCCACUCCCAAAAGUCCUGGAAUCAAGUGAAACGAGUCUCUUCUGACUCAACUUCAGCUACGUUCUCACUGUAGUGUUGGACUAUGUCUAUUUUACUUUUAUUACUUCAUGUUUGUGCAUACUUCAUGCACAGUCCUAAAGCGUGAGCUACAGUAUACAAUAUAAUCUUAACACAAGAAGGAAAAAAGCUUGCUUUCGUUUCCCAACGGUGAUUUUUCACUUAAAUGCUUUAGUUCUUAAGAUUCAUAAUGAAAACCAUGGCAUGUUAAAACACACAAAACUCAUUUAUCCUUUCAGCGUGUUUUACUUUCUUAAAAAUAAAAAUUGUUCCCUGAAAGGAUUGUGUCUGAGGUCAUACACAAAAAGGUUGAUUAAUUUUGUGGAGUGUAAUAAUCUGCAAAGUGCGUUUCUUACAUUGUGAAAAACAAACGUAAUACAUUUGCACUGUGAUAAUAAACUUCUUCUAUCUGAA